UCCUUUCCUCCCUAUAUAUAGAGUUCGACAGACUCGUUGUCCUUUAUCUACACAUGGCAGGGAAUACCGGUGGAGAUAUGUCCGUCUUACCUGAAGACUGCGUAGCAAAGGUCCUGUCGUUUACGGAUCCUGGGGAUGCAGCCAGGUUGUCUAUGGUCUCUUCCACGUUCAAGUCGGCAGCGGAAUCCGACAGCGUUUGGGAGCAGUUCCUUCCCCAAGAUUAUCGCUCUAUUAUCUCCCAAUCCUCUGAUUCUUCUCUCUUGGCCUCUACUUCCUCCAAGAAAGAGCUCUUUCUCCGUCUCUGCGACAAUCCUAUCCUCAUUGAUGACGGCAAGAAGAGCUUUUCACUGGACAAAUUGAGUGGGAAGAAAUGUUACAUGCUUUCUGCGAGGGACCUCAUGAUCGCAUGGGGUGAUACUCCUAGAUACUGGAAAUGGACUUCUGAACUUGAGUCCAGAUUUGCUGAAGUAGCUGAGCUUAUUGGCGUGUACUGGCUUGAAAUCCGUGGUAAAAUUGAUACUUGUAUGUUAUCCCAAGAAACGCUCUAUGGAGCUUACCUUGUGUAUAGGACAACUGCAAGAACCUAUGGAUUUGAAUACCAGCCUGUAGAUGUAACUGUGGGACUUGCCGGUGCUGAAGGUUGUAAGCGAAGUUUUCAUUUGGUUGGAGAAAGAGAGCAGCAGGAGAAUCAGCUAUGCCAAUUUUUGUCGAGCCAAGUCGGGUUAUUCCGCCACAGCCGUGCAUCGGGGUCGCAAUCACCUGCAGUACCAACCGGAGAGAAGAACAAUGGUCAAUAUCCACAGAAAAGAGAAGAUGGAUGGUUGGAGAUGGAACUUGGCCAGUUCUUUAACAAGGAUGGUGAAGAAGGAGAAUUGGAAAUGAGCAUUAUGGAAGUGAAAGGUGGUGAUUGGAAAGGCGGGCUUAUUGUUCUUGGGAUAGAGAUUAGGCCGAAAGAGGAUGCAUAUGAAAAGAAAUAAGCUUGCAUGGGUCUUCGUUUUCCACGUAAUUGUCAAUUUGUGAUUUUACAUUAAUUCACAUAUGAAGCAAGAGUCACCUGCAUCUCAGUCGAGUGCUUCUGCUGGUGAAUGGUGAUAUUGACUCAGGCCUGCUCAUUUUGAAGUUCUUCUUCUGUUAAUUUAACUCUUAUUUCUAUUGAUCGUAUGGCAUUGUAUCUUUGUUGUACUAAGUAUCAAUAUGUGAUGUUAAACUUGUUCCGCGAAAA